AUGGAUGUUAUGUUACCUACACUAGAAAUCCGUUCAUGGCAACUGCAAUUAGUAGUUAACAUCCCAGAACAAGAGUGGGUUAUGAUAUUAAAAAGGCUGAGUAGCUGGCUUAGGAUUUACUCGUUAGGCUCAGGGCUCGGGUUCUGGCUCGGGUUGAGGUAUAACCCUGUAAUUCCCAGGAGCUUACAGGCUGCGAGGCGCAAAUGA